AUGUGGUGGCGAGUACUCAUCCUCCUCAAUAUCAGCUUUUACAACAUGAUGGGCAAUGUCUUCGCCGCGGGCAUCUCACCAUUGUUCGGUCUCGUGAUCAAAGAAUUCCAUUGCUCUGUCGACCAAGCAUCACGUUUGGCAUCGUAUGCCUUGCUGAUGCUUGGGUUGAGCAACCUCUUGGCAUUGCCAACGGUCGAGUAUCUAGGGAAGAGAUACACCAUCUUGAUGUCAAUGGCAGUUUUCCUAGCUUCCAACAUCUGGGCUGCCAAAGCAGAAUCCUACAAUUCGUUAGUGGGAAGCAGGUUCGUAGGCGGAUUCGCAGGCGGAGUCAUCGAAGCUCUGGGGCCCUUCAUCGUAUCCGAAUGUUUUCACGAACACCAACUCGCCAGGGCCAUGGUAGUGUAUGUCGGCUUUCUUGCAGCUGGUUCUGCAGUUGGUCCCAUCGUGGCCGGAGGAAUUGCUUCCGGGUUGAAUAACUGGCGAUGGUUCUUUGGCAUCUCGGCCAUUGCUAUUGGCACCAAUCUUGUUACUUGCGUACUGCUGCUUCCGGAGACGACACAUAUCACCGAUGAUUACGCACUUGAAGCGACCGUGUCCUCGCUAGAGGAAGAAAAAGACGCGGCGACUUGCAUCGAGAAUGGGAUCGAACGUGGUGAUCCUGCAUCGACAGAGCAGACCCAGUCCCUCAAAAGCAUAUGGAUCGAACGAUCAUUCUUUACCCGUCUCGCUUACGCCAAGAAGAGAGAAAAUCCAGUGAAGCUUUUCUUCCAACCGUUUCCGCUACUACUCGCUCCGCCGGUCUUCUUCACCACUCUUGUUUUUGGUCUGACGAUUGGGUGGACGGCUCUCAUAUCGAUCGUGGUCUCCAAUGUCUACUCGGCUCCUCCACAUCUGUGGCAGGCAUGGCAAAUCGGCCUCCUGAACUUCGGCCCUCUGGUUGGUCUGUUGAUAGGGUUACCGCUGGGAGGAAUGAUGGCCGACAUGCUCUCCAAAGCUGCCUUGAAAAGGUCAGACGGCGAGCACGAUCCCCGGGCCCGUCUUCCAGCCGUCAUACUCGGGGCUCUCAUCAGUCCUGCUGGCCUCCUCGCCAUUGGUUUUGCCUUGCAGCGGAACCUUCAUUGGAUUAUUGUCGCGGUUGGAUCGGGUAUGCUGGCUUUCGGUCUGACUGCCUCUGCAAAUGUUCUGUUGACGUACUCUGUCGACUGUUUCAGGAUGCACGCUGGUCAUGUUGGAGUACUAAUUAACGUGGUCAAGAAUUCCUUGGCAUUUGGGGUGUCGUUUGGAUCGAUGAGUUGGUAUUAUGAGUCUGGACCUGCUCGGCAGUUCGGCACAAUGGCCGGCUUGUUGUGGUUUGCUUACUUGUGCAUUAUUCCUGUUUAUAUAUAUAGCCGCUCGUUGAUCAGGCAGUCUGAGCGCUUGCUUCAUGUCUGA